AUGCACGACGCCGCAAGGGCUUCGCUAACAGCGGGUUACCCGCCGAGACAGUGCUACCAACCACCCGGGACGCGCGUUGAAUCCACGAACUACUACUACAAGCAGCAGAGCGGCAAUGCAAACGCGGCAGGAGAGCCGUUGAAAGCAACCACGGAGGCCGUGUUACGGUCCCACGUGCAAGAGGUUCUGUCGGAGCGGCACGAGCUGGUGCAGCAGCUGUCGUCGUUUCGCGUGACGGCCGCGUAUCGGCAGAAGCGGGUGGAGGCGACCGUGAAAGAGGCGGAGGUGCUUAAAACGAAAUUGGCGGGAGGGGAGAAGCGGCUGGAGAGGGUUCGCGCGCAGCUUGACGCCACGCGCAUCGCGCGAGACGCGGCGGCGCGGGAGCUCGCGGUCCUUCGGCGGAUCGCGCCCGCAACGUUGGAUGCUGGUACUAGUGACGAGGAGGACAGCGAGGAGAGCGAUUCGGCGUCGGAUUCGGAGAGUGACGCCACGUCGGAUAGGGGAGGCGGGGGAGCGAGGUCGCGCGGAAGAGGCGGAAUGCGCCGGGGGGCGGCGAAGACGGCAGGGGAUGCGGCGUGGCAGAGGGCUGAGCUGCGGAGCGUGCUUCAGGAAAUGGCGCAAGCGUUGGAGAAGACCGAAAAACGGGCGAGGAGCGCUUUGGCUCGAACGAUGCAAUUAGAAGGCUUGCUGGAGGACAAAAAGGAGGAGCUGGCGGAGGUGCGGAGCGAGCUGCGCACGGCGGAGGGGGAGCGGAACAUGCUGGCGGACGAGCUGCAGGAAGCCUUCAACUCAUGGGCGCAGCCGCGCGCGCCCGCAGCCAACGUGAUGAGGAAGUCAGGGGUGGCGUCAGCGCCUCUGCCGCUACAGCCACUGAAGGCGCUACACGCGCUACAGGCAAAACAGGCGCAGCGCGCUAUAGACAGACAUGGGCCGGGAACGUGGAUCGAUGAGGGUAGGGAUGCUGGGGAUUACAUCAGCCGAAGGGCGAAAGAGGGGAGCAGAGAAACAGGUCGCAUCAGCAGAAGCAUGAGCAAGGAGGAGCUUGGGGCGCAGACUCUCGCUCGGGGGAUGAGCGGGGAGGGGAAAAGCGCAAGGGGGAUGAUGAGCGGGAGGGGGAGCGCGGAGGAGCUGGGUGGAUGGGCCCGUGCGUCGGCACUGUUGCUGGCGGGUCAAUUGGAGCCGCGAGUGCCUGAGUACCUGCGCGCGUCGCUAGAGGUCCCCUGA